CAGUGCACGCCAAGUACCUCGCGAACACUGACCAGUCUUUUUACCGUAUGUGUCCUUGAAUAAAUAAGCGCAAAAAAGUAUAAGAACGUGAUCAAAGGACAUAGGGAGGAGAUACCUAAUUACUCUUUUAUGAUUAGUCUUCAUUAUAAUGAACAGACAUUUACUAUGGGCUGUUUGCUUUCCCGCGAAAAACCUCCCAUCGAUUCCCGGAAAAACGACACGAUGGAAAUCGAGCUGAAGGACACUGUUAACGGAAUGAGUAAAGCGGAGUUUACGGAGGAUCAGAAACAGCUUGUCAAGUCCACGUGGGAGGUAGUCCGGGAGGAUAUCUCCAAAGUCGGAGUCAUCACUUUUCUCAGGUUGUUUGAGAAGUUCCCUGAUGUUCAAGAUUUAUUUGUGCCCCUCCGGGGACUGAGCUCAGAAGAACUCCGCCACAAUGUGGGGCUACGGGAACACGGACUCCGAGUCAUGGGGACUAUUGAAAAAUGCAUCACCCGCCUGGACAAACCUGAAAAAUUGACCUCCAUGUUGGAGGCUCUGGGGGAGAAACACAUCAUGUUUGACACCAAAGUAGAAUAUUUUGACUUGCUAGCUCCACAGUUUAUACACGCCAUUAAACCUGCGAUCGGUGAUCAAUGGACGCCCGCAGUGGAACAGGCCUGGAACAAUUUUCUAGAGUAUAUUACAGAUAUAAUGAAGAACGCUAUGUUACAGGCCACGUGAUCUCUCUUAGGUUCUGUGAAUUAUUUCCCUUGAUUUAACCAUUCAAAUUGUUCAAUGUAUCUGUAUGUGUGAGAGAAAAAUAGUUUUUGCACGGAAAAGAGUGUUUGGAAGAAUAUAUAUUUCAAUAAAUCAUUAGCACUG